AUGGACAGCCCUCUAUCCAUCCUGACGCCUUCAAAACGAAAUUCUCGCCCUCUGUUUUCUCCCGGCGCAAGUACCCCGCGAAUGCAAGGCUCCCCAACUGUUAAACCCACAACGAUCGAAAAUGCCGACAGCACUACACCAAUGAAAAGCCCACUUUACAAUGAUGAAAAUAGGUUCCCUUCGGUAUACGAUGAUUCUCCCGCCCGUUUAGAAUUGGGUGGUCGUGGUGGGGAUAUGCUUUCCAGUGCCAGGAACGACAGCGCUCUAAGCUCGCCAUUUCAACCAACCGUUUUUAGUGAAUCCACGCAUCUCUUUCGAACAGCGGAAUCUGGUAACUUUCGUAUGGAUGAACUGCAAGAAGAGAAAUUGGAUAGUCGGGAGCUCAUGCAUAGUGUUGAAGAAGCGAAGGAAGAGGAUUUACAUGGAGAUGCCGAGCUUCCUGCCAUUAAGGAGGAUAUAGUUGGUGGCGAUGACGAUACACAUCCGCCUAUUGAGGGUGCUAAUCAAGAGUCACACGAGACAGAAACCGACACUAGUAUGUUCGACCGCCAGUGCAACCGGACUAACUACGGUGAGCUAUCCAACAUCACAACACAGGAGACAAAUAACGAAAGCAUGAGCACUAUCUACCAAGGUGGCUUGGCCGAUAAUGUGGCGAUGGUGGACAAUGAUGGUGGGAGCGAUCGUUACACCUCGUAUGAUCAGGACGAUACACGCCUGAGCACUUUCUCCGCUAUCCCCAAUAUCGACAUGACUACUUUUGAUCAACUGAGACGAGACUCACCAAUGAAGAGGAUGAGAGAAUGCUCCGUGAGUCCCCAUAAAAAUGUUCGCGUCGCUAGAUGUCCGGACGACAUGGCUGAAACUCCUAAUACAAUCAAGAGGAGAGGUAUUUUUUCGGAGCAAGAUGGAGGUACACAGACACCUGGCCGAAAUUACCCUCGUCGUGACAGCCAUAUGAGUUAUACCGAAAUUACAAACCAGAUCCAUGCGUUUUCCCGCGCCUCAUACGCAGCACAGGGCGGGUACCAUUCUCCAUCUCGUCGACAGUUUCGAUUUUCCCCAGCAAAAUCAACAGCUUCCGGACUGCGCUCCCCGUCCAAAUUCUCCUUACUGGACUUAGAUAUUCCCCCUGCUCCUACUCCUCGCUCUAUUCCUAGUAUUACUCCUAGAGAGUUAGAAUCGUUGAAGUCUUCGUUCCUUUCGGAAAUAUCAUCACUAAAGGCAACACUUAGUGGAAGAGAUGCUGAAGUUAAAUGUUUGAAAGAAUCAGUUUCGGAUGCGGAACGAAGGGUCGGCGAAGUAUCAGAGGAGCUGAGAAAUGAAUCGGCUCGGAGAGAAGCCGAACAGCAAGAAUGGGAUAGAAGGGGUAAAGAGAUGGAAACAGUGUUACGGGGCGUCAGGGAUGAAAUUGUUGAUGCCGAGCGUGAACGUGAGAGGCUGAAUAGGAAAAUUGAGGAAGGGGAAAAGUGCAAGGAGAAAUUGGAAGGUAGAGUUGUGGAACUGGAGAGCCAGCUUUCUGCCGCAAGAAAUGCAGCAAAUUCCCCUCCUAGCGAGGAUGAUAGGAAAUCUGCCGAAGAAACUGCGAAAGAAGUCCAAGAUGCUGUCGAGAAGGUUGCUCGGGAAUUGCAUGCACUUUAUAAAGGAAAGCAUGAGACUAAAGUUGCGGCUCUCAAAAAGAGUUAUGAAGCACGAUGGGAGAAACGCGUUAGAGAAACAGAAAGGAAACUGAAGGAAGCAUUGGAGGAGAAUGAACGCUUGAGGGCAGAAAAGGAUUCUAACAAUUCUGGUGCGGAAGAGGGGUUCUGCGGAGAGGCUACAUUUAUUCGAGAGACCGAAUCUCUGGAAGCAGAGAAGCGGGUUCUUGAAGCUCGUGUUAAAGGACUAGAGCAAGAGAUCAUAUCCAUUAAGGGUGAUUGUGAAACCCUUCGAUCUGAACUGAAGCAGGAACGUGCAGAAAAGGGGGAACUCGUUGCGGCUGUUGAUGAGUGGCUUGCAAUCCAGCAAUAUCAACACCAGCAGCAACACCAUCACCAAGAUGAGGAACAAGCCGAGGAAGACCAAAUGGUCCAAAACGAACAGGAUGAACUACUGCAACAACUGCAACAGCAGCGGCCGGGACGAAAACUUCCCGAACCACCCAUGUCACAUCAGCGUUCGCUUUCCAAAGACGAACCACCCACCACACGAUCGGAUAGCAGCGUCGAAAAUUCAAUCCAAAAACCAGGAAAUGAGAAUUACUCUGGCCCCAGUACUAGUAAUAUAGGCCGUAUCCAAGCUCCUUCAUCUUCCUCAUCUGCCAUUCGGCCACGUAACAUGGCUGCAGCUGCACAGCCAUCUGGAGGUCCAACGCCAAGGGUUCCUAGAUUUGGAAUGCCGCCUCCUCAUCAUUCGAGGGGAAACAGUGGGAGUGGGAAAGCCGGAGGUAUUCCUGCGGCUGGGGCGGGGAGGAGUGGGAUUAUGAGCUCGAUUGAGAGGAUGGGGAGAGGUGCAGGUGCUCUUUGA